UUUUACUUUGUUACUUCAUUAAAGAACUUCUUUCCAACAACAAGAGUGGUACAGGGUGAGCAAAGUGGAUUACACUUAGGCAGCAAAAUCUCGGAAGCUGUCUUAUUGAAGAGUGCUUUACAAAAGGUCUUUGAAGCAUACACGAUCUAAUAUGGACAGCAAAGAGGCUUUAACGCGAAAACAGGAUGAGAUGCUGACAGAACAUCUCUCCAGUGUUGGAGAUUAUCAUGCGUCACCGGCAAGGACUAGCUUGCCUUCAGAAUCACCACUAUAUUUGCAAUCACCCAAACCAGAACAGACCUAUGCUCCUUCACGACAUACAGUACAGGGUCAUCAAACUCAACAGCAGUACGUUCAGCACAGACAAGACCUACAGCAGUCUUCCCAGCGGCAGCAGCAACAGCAGCAACAGUGCUCUCAGCAUAUCUCUCCAAAAAGACAACAUACAAUCCAUCACGGGAUACAGAUCCCCCAUGUUAACCAGCAGAACGGAAUGCAUUAUUCUGGCCAGCAACACAUCAAUAUGAGAUCUCAGGGAGGAGCGCCAGGAAGCGCCAUUUUGGGCCAUGUGCCGGACACACAACCAAGUGGACAGGGUAUCGGUAGAUCCAGCAGUAUGUAUAUCGCCCCUGGAGUAUCAUCUGGGAUCGUACGGCAUCAGCAAACUUUCCCUCGACCACAAUUUUCAAGAUAUUUAGAGCAUAAUUACCAGGAGCUGCAACAGCGACAAUACGAGCAAUAUGCACAACAAGCGCGUUAUUAUAGAGAGGCAAACGCUCAACAUGACAACAUCCCCUAUUUGGAGUCCUAUGGCAUUCCUUACCAACCACAAAACUACAAUGGUGCACAUGCUGCUUUAAAUGCUCGACUAUCUCAGCCUACACAUAUACAGCCUACACAUAUACAACCUACACAUAUACAGCCUACACAUAUACAGCCUACACAUAUACAACCUAUACAUCAAGUCAAUGCGCAAAGGUCUUUACACUUAGGCAGCCUCCCUCCAAAUCACUUCUUGCUCUCUCGUGAUCAGCUGCCAACAGCCCCCUCCCCUUCAGUAUUCUCUGCUACACAGCCAGCACCAGUUUACCCUGAGUCUUCUAUAACUGCUUCACAGAGUACGAAGAAUCCGCAUGGAUCCAAUCCUGAUGGGUCGAAAGCAAUAGAAUCCUUAAUCACAACAGACACAGGCAACAUCGCCAAUUCGGUUUCGGGGGAUUAUGUUGCGCAGCAAUCCAAUCGUAAUAGCACCUAUUCCGCCUUCUCAUUAGGCUCGCCGAUAGCCUCUGAGAGGACAGCAAGGCCGCUCUCUGGGAUUCAAGACCCUACUACGCGCCUUCCACCCUCGCCUACCGGUAACAGCCAUCACAAUACCAGUCCAACUUCACCCAACACCCAUACUAGAUCCAGCUCUGACCCUCACUGGGAUCCGGCUAACAACAUACUUGUGGCUCAGGCAAAAGCAAGAGCAGCUCAAAGCUCAACCUAUUCGCGCCAAGUGACUUUAUCGUCCAUUCCACCCAACGAAGAAGUGCCUCCAAUGCCUGGAAAGACGACAUCCAAAACUGGGAAGGUCCGUAUCCAAUUAACUUUUGAUAGGCCGUUCUUCAAUGCUGGUGGAGAGCUUUCAGGAAGGCUAGAGAUACAGUGUUCGUCGUCACGAUCGGUUAUGCUAUCAGAUAUGGUUAUUGAGCUUCUGGGAUAUGAAGCAUUGGCUAAGGAUCACCUUGCGCCAAAAGUGUUCCACAAGACAGUGCUUCGUCUUCAGGACAUCCGUCACCCAUCCCAAGCAGUUCAGGAAAACAUUGAUCCAGACUCGGAAGGAUACUGGAUGGCAAGGAAGGGCCGGACUAUAUUUCCUUUUCGGCUCAAUAUUCAGGAUACACUUCCCAAUUCGUAUGACUCAAAGCUUGGGCAAGUACGAUAUAUAAUUUCUGCUAUUGCCCUUAUGAAGGCCAAUCACCAUAAAGAGGUCGUACACCACACGCGAGAAGUUUGUAUUUAUGAGACCUGGACUACAGAUGACAUCGCGCAGGCGCGAAGAAGAUCGGUCAAAGCCGACACGAGCAAGCGGUUAUUUAUGGGUGGAGAAGGUAGCCUUGAGAUGUAUGCAGAACUAACGAGGACGAUGGUUAGUUCUGGCGGCAUUGUCUAUGUUAAUAUUGGGGUAAAGAACUUCACAAAGAAAAAAAUUAUGGGUAUUAAGCUUUCUCUUUGGCGGCAUAUUGCCGUGACCAGCAUGCGAUCUAGUAUAGGCUCAUAUCCAACUACUUCAGGAACCCGCGAUCAAGACAACAUUAAGAACUACAGCGAGAUCAUUUACAAAGGCGAGGAUUUUUCUUUUGAUGAUGAUGAUCCCAGGAUGGUGGUAUUACCGGUUUACAUCCCUUCUGGGAUUUAUUCUUUGCGCAACACAAACUUUCUUCAUGUUCAAUUCUUUGUUCAAGUGAGUUUAAUGGCAUCUAUGAGCAAAGCAUUGGCGGUCGAGCUUCCCAUAUAUAUCACCCAUGCAUCAUCGUGGUCUGAUCCCCCUCCAAGGAUACCUAAAAACUUUGUGUUCCCUCUACAUGAGGAUGAUCCGGUCAAAAAGAAUAAAACAGGAGUCUUUUCCAAAAGGAAAACAGUUUCCAACUCUUCACAGACUAACAGCUCCAAUACCAAUAUUAAGACCUCUCCAAAAGCCAGCAACUCUAGCGGCUCAGGCAUGAUGGCAUCUUCCACGAACGGCGUCAGAUCCACAACCUCGACUGUACCAAACAUAAACAUGAAGACUGGAGCUGGAUCACGUACUGCUAUGCAACGCCCUAUGCAGAAAGAUCCCGACUCCCCAACAAGUGUCUUGGACUUUUCUCAAGCUGGUAACCUCUUCGUUGUGAAUCCUGAUAUGUCUAGCAUCCAUACUGGACCAGGUUCCAUGUCUUUCAAACAGCCUGCCCUUGUACAGUCCGCAUCCGCAUACCCUUUUCCAUUAUCAAAACCCGCGAUUGCGUCGGCAUCUCCACCACUUGAUCGAUCAAAACCAUUGGUGCAUAUUGAUCAAAUGCCUUUGAAACCUAUGGAUGAUCUCAAGCCUGUAGUGGAGCCUGCGGCAAAUGCCUUGCUUGAGGAGGAACGUGACUUUGAUAUGAGUCGUUCAGUUGGCGCUUCGCAGAACAGCUCACCUAAAGCAACGGAGCAUGACAAGCCAAAAACUAUUAAGCUUGGUCUUCGUAAGAAGCUGGCAAAGCUUUCGAUAUCGAUUCCCAGCCAUACCUCAAACAGUUCUAGCCCUAAUAAAAACUCACGUGUUAGUCCUCGUCUUCCUCCGGCAACUCCUCGAUCUACUAAAAGCAUCAUUUCAGAGAGUCCUGGAGAUAUGACAUCUAGUGGUUCAAGGAGUCCUAAAGGGGCAACGUCCUUGUCACGUCAAUCAAGCGGAUCGAGUCUUAGCUCUCUAAAAUAUAUGUUCGACAACCGGUCUCGAAAGUCAAGCAUAGGAUCCACCAGGGUUGUUGCUUUCUCGCCAGGCUCUCUAUCACCCAGCCCCAGUGUCCUUAAGAUGACCAAGUGUGCUCCUUCGGAGACUGGAUCGCCAGAACUCUCCACAAUGAUAUCCAAUGGGCCUUCUUCCUUAAAAUCGAGAGCAUCUACGCCCACCUCUCAAACUGACAAGCUAACCGCGGGAAUGUGCGAGGAUCAAGCUCAUCAGGGAUACCACCAUGACCUUAAUCGGUUUAGUAUGACUCCUACGAUACCUGAUACUCGAUUUCAGGGAGACGUCCCUGUGCUCGAGAAGAAGAGCCAUGAAAACUGUCUUGAAAGUAAUGGUAGUACCAGUCGGCCAUCAACCCCCAGCCCUUCUAGAAACGAACGGUCAACAGGUCAAUCAUCCCCAAAGAGUUCUAAAUCAUUCCUCGGAUCAUGGGGAAAUAUGUCCUCCCACUUCAAUUCGAGAGUCAAUUCCACGACAUUGGACGUGAACGACAGUGCAAAGACAGCUCAAGAGAUUCAGAAAGAGUAUUAUUCAGAGAAGAAGGGGGAAAUCGAUCCAUGCCAAAUCGGAGGCGAAGUUUCUGAAAACCAGGCUUAUAGAAGAGAGAUUAAUUCAAUGUCGUUGGUUUCUGCACUCCAUAGCUCCCGAGGAUCACAGCCAUCCUUCUAUGAGGGGGCGAAAUAUGGAUACCAGCCAUCAGAGCACAAUGCAGAUUUCUCUGAUUAUAUAGGACAUGAUUCGGUUUGGAACCUGGAGCACGACGUUGCUGCUGCUAAUGCAGGUGAUUCGUUGCAAUUGGACCUUGAUCGAAUGUUAAUCCCAGAAGAGAGUCGGUUACGCUCGCCGUCUGAAAUGACUAUGACUUCAGAACAGAGUAUUGAGAUAUAUUACAGUCAGGAUGGGUCUCCAGUGCAGCAUUGCAGCGAUUUAGCUAAUCAUUCAUUGAGGCCACAUUUAAGACCACCACCAAACCGUUCCUUAAGCUUCCCAUACACUGAAACUAAUUGUAUUGGGCCGCGACGUCCUGCAAUAUCUCAUAUCCAAUGUACUUAUCAGUCCAACUCGGUGACGCAAGAACAACGAGAAGCCUCGUCAUAUAUCAGAGGCAAGAAUAAUAAUAGAGCAUAUUCAAAUCCAGAAUACAAUGUAGAAGCUCAGCGCCAACAAGAUCUUGGAUUGUUCAGCUUCAACCAGCAUAAUGAGCAACUCACGCCGGAGAUAUAUUCUACGCCUAUGCUUCUACAGAAUGAGCCUGUGAUGAACGCUUCAAUUGACCAUCAGUCUUCUGAGACUAAUGCCAUUGCUCCACAAUCCUUAACGCCUCCUUCAACCUCUGAUUCAUUCUUAUCAGAUCGACUCAGACUAACGCCUAACGACCUUGAUAUAGAUAAACAUAUUGGUGGUCAUAAGAAGAUAGCCUUUAUGGAGCGAUCGUAUGCUCCCACGCCAGCUACGACAUUUGGCUAUACUGAGGCUCAGAUGUACCAUGGAGAGCAGUUGGAUGUCAGUCAAUUGUCUGUAAAGUCGAGUCCGUAUUCAAGCCAGUCUAACUCUCAAUAUGCUUCGCCCGUACAGUUGCAUCGUGAAAUGCCAAGCACAAACACACAACAGAGUUCAUCGAGCAUAGAGUGUGCCGAAUGCAGACCUAUAAAUAUGGCAAACGUAUCUCAGUCAUACCCGAUACACUAUGAAGAGGACAUGACCUAUUUUGGCCCAAUAGCUCCAGUAGUCUCCUGGUCCUCACAGCAUAUGCCGGCAUUACAGUCGCCUAACGGAGCAUCUGCUGCAUCUAACCCUCUCGGAAUCAGCGUGGAUGAGGCGAAAAAAAGCGGAGUGGAGCAAUCAAGGACUUUUUUUCCGUCGCCCAACCGCACUUGGGAUCAACCAUCCUCACCUCUGCCGAACGGAGCAAUGGAGCCUUUCAUGAAUCAUGUUGAGGUCUUGACACCGACCCUCGAUCGGGAAAAUCCCUGCUUCAGACAUGAUAAUUUUGCACCUGAAGCAGACAAGUUCAUAGUUAAAAAAUCGUCGGUACAUGGGCAGUUGAGAUCUAGCCAGGAAGUUACCGAUGUUAGGGACCACUCCGAGUCUAGUGUGAGUUUGGCGGAUACUAAGGUCGGCUCAGAAGAGUCACCAGAGCCCCUGCAUUCUUCACUUUCGAUGAUUAAACAUCCUGGAAUGGUUCGUGUCAAAGGAACAUUCCGAACAAGUCCUUUGGCAUUUGAAGGCAAUGUUAUGACCGUUGAAGCAUCACCACCAUCUCCCCGAGGGGCACAGGCACAAGUAUACGCGGAAGAGGAGAAAAAAGUAGAAUAAUUAGAUUGAGAGGGCCUCUGAACCUUUGCCGGUACCAGAGAUGAGAAAUAGAAAAAAGCUGGCAGGCAUAUGAGGAGGCUAUGUAUCAUAUAAUUGGGCUACAUCUUUUUGUAUGUCUAC